AUUUAGUCUGCGCUUGAGCAGCACUGCGAACGGUACACACAAUUUCAAACGAGUUUAGUGUAUUCAGUGGGUUGCAAAAUAAGGAAAAAUUGCUUUAUAACAAUACAAGCUAAUAGAACCAUUAUUAAACAAAAAGACGGUAGACAAUUUUUUGUUAACAGUGCAAGGAAAAUGUUAAAUUAAAGCUCCUACAAAUAAAAACAAAACACAAAAAAAGUGCAAUAACAAGUCAGGUGAAACGAAAAGCUGUCGAAAGCAACAACAGGAAGAGAUUUACCAGAAAGGCAAACUAAACGUGGAGCAGCAACGAAAGACUUCAGCAACGAACUUGGUUUUGAAAUACUUUUCAUAAACUACGGCCAUUUUGAUAAAAUUUCAACCAUAAAACUACAGACAUGAAAAAAGCCAGGCGAUGGCUGCUAAUAACGGCGUCUCUGUUAAUGCUGGUGACAAACACAGCAGCAGUGGCGCCGUUCAAAAAAGUUUCAAUUGCUACAACAUCUGCGACUACAACAACUAGCACAACAACGGAAGCGCCGAGCAGUGAAGCGCCUUCUGAAAAUUCAUCGGGCACUACCAAAAAUUCAAAAUUAACUGGCAUCCCACAAAUCGACUAUAUCUGGGAUCCAAAUCUACCACGAGAGCUACGAGGUUACAACCUCUCGAGCUACCCAUUCUUCUCGACCGUACCGCCUGAGGAUGACAUUCACUUCAAAUGUGAUGGUCUGCACGAUGGUUUCUACGCUUCCAUUGAGCACAAAUGUCAGGUGUAUCACCACUGUGUCUAUGGUAUCAGACACGAUUUUCUCUGCGCCAAUUUCACUGCGUUCGAUCAACGAACUUUUAUUUGUCACUUUGUUUCCGAUGUUGACUGCGAGGGUUCGAAGAAUUACUGGAACAGAAAUGAUGAUCUCUAUAUGGCCACGACAACCACAACGACGACAACAACUACUACAGAACCUCCUCCAACGCCACGCAGGCGGAUAGUACGACCGUUACGGCCAUUGCGGCGUCCGAUGAAUCGUCGUCCUAUAGAUGAUUAUUACUACGAAGAUGAGGAGGAACCGUUGGCAGUAUAUGAAGAUGAUUAUUAUGAAGAACGUUUGAAUCGCCGACGAAAACCUAGACCUCGACAACGUCAACCAGUAGUUGAGUAUGAGGAAGACUACAGCGAAGAUAAGCCGAGGCGUCAAAACUCACGAGACCGUUUCCGUGAUGAAGAAGAAUUAGAAGAUGAUGACGAUUCUGAUCGGCGUAAACACGAUCGGCAUAAUGCACGAAACAAACCAGCGGACAGACGAAAAAGCGGAGGUCGUAAAACGAGUGCAGGUCGCUUAGGUGGCGAUGAGCGCCGCAGUUUCAAUGAUGAUCGCAUGCUGCCGAAUCGAAAGGACAAGGCACGCAUUUCCCCGUCAACAGAUUCAGUUGAUCCUGUAGAUCCCCCUCCCCGCCGUCUUACUGGAAGACGUCGAAUCAAUGAAAAGCGUAUACCCUCUUCAGGUAUCGAUGACUUAGAUGAUUACGAAAAACCACAAGCGCAUGCACCGGACCAGGAGGAGGCUGCUGAGGAGGAAGCGCCACCCAAAGUAAAAACCACACCUAAGCCAUUGGAAGAAUUUAUCACGCCCAAAGCAGGUAGUGGCUCCGUGUAUGCACGUCCACGUGCACCACCAAGAAUUGCACGCCCGGUUCCUCUUAACGAAAAGAAGAAGUUCCAGUACCCCGUACAAAAAACAGGAACCACUCCCAGCCCUGAAGCUACACACGUAACUGAAGAAGAUUACUAUGAAGAUGAAUCGUAUGAUGAUGUGCGGGCACAGCGUGUCCACCCACGUAGACGUGUCACAGAAAGUAAGUUUGAUGAAGAUGAUGUACCUAGUUCGAGGAGGCGUAAUCAAAAUGACACACCUUUAAUCAAGAAAAAUAUUUCACGAACAACCAUUCGUCGUCCAACUACUGAAAAGAAGCAUUUAACCAUCGCCGAAGAAGAUGAUUACGAUAGCAUUGGUGGGGCAUCUAACGAACCUGUCGACAGUCAUACCAGUAGCCGUCGACGACCUUUCACCACUCGCAAUCGCAGCUCUUUUGGCCCGCCCGUAGGUCGUGGCGCUGAUGAUGUAGACUUUGUUGAUGAUGACUAUGAGGAGCGACCCCUUCGGCCAGUUCACCGACUAAGGCCGAAAUCAGCAGCACGUAAAGGCUCAAAGAAACCGCGUCGUCCAAUAGAAGAAGAAGACUUUUACGAGCAAGAACCUGAGCGCCAAACUCGGAAUCGUGCAAACUCAAAUCGAUCUAAAACAGGAGGCAGUGCCCGUUUGCGGCAAUCUUCAACUACAACGACAUCAACAACUCUAGCACCAAUCGAAGACGCAGCACCCGAAUCAGAGCUAGAGGAGGAGGACGAGCCACCGGUGCCUGCAUCGUUGAGCAGAGGUUCUGCCAACUCGCCUUCAGGACGCACAGCAACGGUACGUGUUGUUAAACGACCAUUCUUGCCUUCACGCGGUGGCAGUCCAUACUUGCCACGUGGCUUACAACCGGUUGGUGUGGCUCUUAAGCCACUUAGCACGCAUACGACUGACAGCACUCCAAUUGACAUGGGAUCGACAAUAUCGGGGGUGCGCCUGCUCGAACAUGGUGCACCAAUAUUGCGAGAUUCUGGCAGCGGUUCAGCGAUUGCGUCGGUUCAUUCACAUCUACAUGGCUCAAACGGCGACGAGCGCGAAAGUAAAAGUGAAGUAAAAUUGGCACAGAUUCAUCGUACAACAUUGCCGCCACGUAGCGCACUGCCAGAAUCUCAGCCGCGACCAGAGCCGCAACCCAAAAUCACAUUAGACGAGCUCUAUGAAAACGACUAUGACGUCACUUUAAACGACGCACUCAAUCCAACGCUUAAACCGCUUGCGCCGCAUUACAACAAUCAUCCAAAUCACAAUAGCGCUUUCCAGAAUGCGUAUGCUUCCGAGCCGGGCGUCAGUACAUUUGUCAAUAACAAUAAGUCACCAACACUUUAUCACAAUAACAAUAAUCAAUAUCAACAACAACAUCAUCAACAAAAUUCCUAUCAAACUAAACCUCAAGCCUCGCUUAGUCAAUCACAAACUCAUUUAGAACCGCAUCAAGCUUCAAUAUCAUUGCAAUCUCAAAUUCAUCAGCUACCCGAACAUUCGCAUUCACAACAACAAACAAGACAACAACAACAACAACAACAACAACAACAAAGUGUUUAUAAUGACUACAAUAGUGAUGAUUCGUAUUUCUCACCAACAGAUAUCCGAAGGCGCGCGGUUGUCGCAGCGCCACAACCGUAUUCCAGUCGAACGGACUACAGGGGAGUCAGCAUGAGAAUAGCCCAGCAUUUCUAUGAUGAUUUGGAAUACUAAAGGUUAGAAUCACGAGCAAUAAUUUAGCAACAAUGGCAAAUGUAUUCGUACGUUCAUUCUUUCUAUGUCCCUAUCUAUAUAUGUACAUACAUACUUAUCUACAUUGUUAUGUAUGUAUUGUCAGCUUCUCAGCAUUCAAAGGGAUUCCAAACUCUUUUUCAUACUUUCAUAAAUUAUAUAUUCGAUACUAAUUUGGUGUUGCAUUAUUUCGCAUUUCACUUAUACUUAAGUAAUAAUUAGGUAAUAUCAUCAAUCAAUUAAAGGGAUGAUAAAUUGGCAAUUGUAAUUCCUAAAACUUUAAUAAGCCCACGAAAAUAUUAUUUAUUAUUGCCAUUUUAUAGAUUUUGCAAUGCGACACAUUACCUUGCCUCUCCAGUACGAAAAAACUCAAUAAAAAUGCAUAGUUCUGACUUUUUUCAAAAGUUGCUCAUUCAUUAUCGUUUUCUUAUUUCGCAUGUUCCAGUUCUGCUCUAAAGCUUUACAUUGUCUCUAAACUUUUGAAUAACCUUUUCCUUCAUUACUUUUUUCGUUCAGUUGCAAAUCAAUGCAAUCUCCAACCUUUAGAAGUAAGAAUGUUUAAUAAAAAUAUGUAAUAUGAAAUUUGCUAUUCAUUCCUCUUUAAGGUAACUCUAAAAAUGUAAAUAAGUGUAUUUGAAAACAGCCACACUUCCUAUCAACACGCACACAAACACACAGCACACGCAGCGGCAUGCUAAUUAAGGUCAUGAAUGUAUGUCGUAUAGUAUACACUCGCAUAUGAAUACCGGUAGCUGCUUCCAAAGAACACAUUCUACGAAAUUUGAUAUUCAUUUCAGCCCUAAAUUACAAGAGAUUGAAAAAAUAGCUGAAGUUAUGCACCAAGGCAUCAGGAAAAUGGAAAAUCAGAAGAAAGCAAGGGAAGCAAUGGUGGAGUACAUGUAUGUGUGCAAUGUUAAGUUUUAGUUAAAAGUAACAGCAAGUGAAACUAAAACUUUAAAAUUAUUAAAUACUCAAAUUUCGUGAUAGCAAAAGGCAGAAUUCUAUAAAUUUUGUCAUAUAAUUAAAAUGAGUUUUUUGUUUA